UGCUUCUUACAAGGGAAGGUUUGACUCGCACAACGAAACAUCUGAAAUGAAACGUACUAAGUUACCGUUGACGCUGAUAGUAAUUUUUAGCUUCUUGUCUAUGUACAUCGAGCUCUCGUGUGCAAGGUCUUAUAAGGACAUUCACCAUCUACUAACUGAUGACGAAAGGGAAAUAAUUUUUGGACAUCCAUUUGUAGAAUAUGUUCCAGAGUUCGACGUCUCUCAUCCUGUUCAAGUUGAUGAGCGAGGUAGAUUUUUAUCACGUGACUUGGCAAAUGGGAACGCUCGGCGAAAGAGAGACCUUGACGGUACCAAGUCGAAAGAACCCGUCUUCUUUAAGAUCUCAGCGUUUGGUCAAGAUCUUCACCUGAACGUCACAAUUAAUGAUGAGCUUUUUUCGCCCAAUUUUGAGAUCGAAAUUCGUAGUAACGGCACGUCGGAAUUUCAUUACAAGAUUGAUCAUUGUCAUUACACUGGACAGGUGGUUCCCAUAGGAAGAACUGGGAACAAAGUGGCUAUCAGCAACUGCGAAGGACUGCAUGGUAUGAUUCGCACGCCACAAGACGUAUUUAUGGUACAUCCUCUGCCCGAUAGACUUAAACUGGGAAAGAACAACACUCGAGCCCACGUAAUCCACAGGAGGUCUUUAUCACCCGCGCAUGCGCAGUCACUGGCACAGGCUCUCGAGGAUGAGAAAAGAUCUGAUAGCUGGUGUGGAGUGGAAGGCGGAGCAGCUGUUCAGCAGUCUGACGAAGAUGAUGACACCCAUACUAACUCCGAACGCUCUUUUCAACCGAGUGUAAAAAGAACCAUCGAGUCCAUGCUAGUGGUAGAGAAAGAGAUGACAAGAUUUUACGGUGUUCCUCAAAUAAAGAAAUAUGUGCCCACCAUGGCAAAUAUGGCUCACGGUCUCUUAGACGACGCUUCCAUUGGGGCUAACGUCAAAUAUGUGGUAACCAAACUGUUGAUUCUGCAAAAUGACGAGAGAGGUUUGGUUAUUAGCACACAUGCCGCCAGCACUCUGGAUAGUUUCUGUAAAUGGACAACAGGACAAAAUAAUGCUGAUGACAAGAGUCCGGACCAUUUUGACCAUGCAGCACUGUUUUCGAAGUACAAUUUUUGCAGAAACAAAGGAAAUGUACAAGACCAGGGUUGCGGAACGAUUUUAGGUUUGGCGCAAUUGAAGGGAAUGUGUAGACCAGACGUCAGCUGUACUCUAAACAAGGACACGGGGCUAGGAACUGCGUUUACAUUGGCUCAUGAAACAGCUCACAAUCUCGGCUCUGAACACGACGGAGAGGGGAACAAAUGCAACGAUGGCGUCUACAUUAUGGCGACUAGGGCAAGUGGAAAAGUGACAGCGUUUGAUUGGUCGCCGUGCAGUAGGAAUUACGUGACAAAAUUUUUACAAACGCAGCAAGCUAAAUGUUUGAACGAUGACGAACCCAAGAGCAAAUUUAAAAUGCCACAAGGCUUACCAGGAAAGAUUUACGACGGAGAUGCUCAGUGUGUGCGCAUGUUCGGAGCAGGCGCCAAAGUCUGCGAUAUUCCGGAUUUAAAAGCGAAAAUGUGUGUCAAUUUACACUGCGAAAAGCCUGAUGGGUACUGCUCGUCAAACGAUGAACCAGCCGCUGAUGGAACCAAAUGCGGAAAUAAAAAGUGGUGCAUGCAUGGUCGCUGUGUAUCUAUAAAAAACAAGCCGGGAUACCAAGACGUUGAUGGCAAUUGGGGAGCCUGGAAACCAUGGAGUAACUGCUAUCCCCAAUGUGGCCAAGGUCUUAGCACGAGGGAGCGUGCUUGCGACAAUCCAGCGCCGAAGCGCGGAGGGAAACUAUGCCAAGGAAAAGCUAAGGAAUACAAGAUUUGUAACAACCCGAAAUGUCCAUCAAGCUUCGAAAAUCCAAGGAUGAAACAGUGUAAGGAUCACAGACAUGUACAGUUUCAAGGAGGCCCUUUUAACUGGAUCUACGAUCCAUACUAUGCACAAGGAAGUCCUAAGUGCGUUCUAAGUUGCGCCACAACUAACGGAGAUACCACAUCCUUUGGAAACGUCAAGGAUGGAACACUUUGCACUGACCAGCCUAACAGUGGUGUCUGUAUCAAUGGAAAAUGCCAGAAACCAAAGCCCAACAAAAGUAAGCCCAACAAAAGUAAGCCCAACAAAAGUAAGCCCAACAAAAGUAAGCCAAAUCCCAGCGGUGCUGCGAAGAAGACAACUUUUACAUACAGCAAAGUUCCACCAGCAGAUGAAUGGUAUGUCCCCAUCGCAACAAUUCCAGCUGGAGCAAGGAAUGUCAAAAUCGAAGAGGCGACAGCUUCUGAAAACAACUUAGUUUUAGAGGACGCUGACUACAACCCUGUUCUUGAUUACGACUCGUAUCUUGCUAAUUUUGGUCCAAAGACAUUCACAGCGGAUGGAAAUAAGUUUAAGUUCCGGAAAAGAAAUCAAAAAGAACUCGUCGAGGCUAAAGGCCCACUGACAAAGAGCUUUGCAUUACUGUAUGAGAAAGUGGACGAAUAUUCGAAAUAUACGGUGAAAUACGAAUACAUUAAACCUGAUGCCCAGUCCACAAGGAGUCUCGGCCUCGAUAGAGAUUUUCCUGAACUCGUCCGGGAGAUUUACGAGUUAGAUGAGGAGCUUGGGCAGGACGACGAGGACUCAGGUGAAGCGAGGUGGGAGAUAGGAAUAUGGACUGAUUGUACAAAGAACUGCAAUGACGGCGAGCACGGAAUGAGAACACGAGAAGUUUUCUGUGUGAUAGAUUCACAAGGUGUUGAGCUGGAAGUUGACGAUAGCAAUUGUAAUGAAACUAAACCAGCCAGCGAAGAAGCUUGUGGAAAUCAGCCGUGCCCGGCAGAGUGGUACACAGUGCAUAUUGGACAGUGUUCAACCUCGUGUGGCCCUGGUGUCCAACCCUUGGAGGUGGAGUGUGUGAAAAUAAACUCUUCAGGUGAAACAAACUCUGUGGAUCCAAAGGAAUGCACUGACAUUAAACCACCUACACAUGUGGCGUGUAAUGUUGAGAAUCCUUGUGAUGGUCAGUCGGAUGACGAGGAAUAAAUCAGAAGCAGACACGACGAUAGGAUGAUGGAUCGAAGAAGAUUAAUGUAAAUAAUGAAACCUCCUGUACUAGAAUUACCCUGAUUUAUUGAACUACAUAACGAAGUUUUGAUAUUUUCGUAGAAUAUUGGAUUAGUUUAUUAGAACAACACAAGUAUAGGAGAAAGGAACAUUUAUUGUUAGCAGAGGUGGACCUCUAAGGAUGAUCAUGAUCAUUGUUAGCAUUCGUACGGCUGAUUCUUCUAAAGCUUUGUUGCAUGAUGCUUAAGAUUUUUUCUUUUUUUUUCACGCAUGUGCAAUGCCACCUAUUGUCACGUGGUUCUUUUGAUUUCUCUGGCUUCUGCAACUUGGAUUGUGAUUGGCUAUCAAGUUAACAAGUAGUUUUUGUCGCGUCUAGUAAACUUCACAUAAUCUGUAUUCUGUCGCCCAUUGGUCUUGACGUCUGAAGGAAAUUUCGUGUUUCUAAUGUGGCAAAUUGGAAAAAAUGAAGGAACAUGAGGUUCCACAAAUUUUUAUCAAUUAAAAGCAAAUCUUAGAUGUUGAUAAUUGAAUCUGGAGUAUUUCCGUAUAGAGUUUCUGGUAGAUUCUAGGCUAAUCGAUUGAUGAAUUCAUAGAUGGUUAUCCUGGGAAACAGUUUAAUUUGUUGAUAGAAAUCCUCUGACAAGUGAUUGAAUUCAAUAGAAUUUAACUUUUAGAAGUAUUUAUUGACUUUCUUUGAUGCCAGUAAUAACAACUUAGUCAUUUGUACAAUGUAAAUAGCAAAGAGUUUGUAGAAGGCUAUCCCUCAAAAUUGACUAACUUUAAAGGUGACUCCUUCGGUGAUUGCUGUAUUUAGUAGUACCUUUUCAAUAAAAUUUCCGCCUUUUUCAGUCGCUAAA